AUCUGUGUAGCGCGCACUCCAAUGCCCGUAGUACAGCCACCCGCAGACGACCUACGUCCAUCCGAUCUUACGUAUAUUCACGCGUACAACUCGAUCGUCUCGCGCGUUAGGAGAACAGCUGGGGCUGCUUCUGGAGGAGUGGUCAUCCUCGCUGGGGUUGAUGUCGAUGGACUCUUGGGUGCAAGGAUACUAUGUUCGUUGUUCAAAAACGAUGACAUUCCUUAUCGAUUGAUCCCUGUGGGCGGGUUGACAGAGCUGGAAGAGAAGAGUGAUGAAGCGCUUGCCUCUGAAGAAAUACACACUCUCAUACUGCUGUCCCUCGGAUCCCUAUUAACUUUAACAGACUUUUUCAACCUUCCAAAGAAGAUUCAUCUUCAUGUAAUUGACUCCCAUCGCCCAUGGAAUUUGGGUAAUUUGUUCGACAUUGAUCUCGACGAUGAGGAUGAUGAAGACGCUCACGGGAAGGUGUGGAUUUGGGGAGAUGGGGAUGAGUUCUCCGAAAACAUGGACCAACUGCGAAAAAGCUUCGAGGCUUUGCAAUUUCUACCGCAAAAGGACUCGGAUGAAGACAGUGACUCUGAUGAAGAAUCAGAGGCGGAAGAGGAGGAACCGGAAGAGGAAGAUGAAGAUGAAGAGGGCGAUGAUGAUGCUAAAGAUGAAGAUGGAUGGUCAAGGAAACGGAGGCGAGAGGAUUCUGUUGCGGCAAGAAGGAAACGGCGACGAGACGAUGAUCGACCGCGUAAACUUCCUAAAGCAAUCAAAGAGGCGCAUCAAGAACGAAUAGCCAAAUACUACAAUCACGGGACAUAUUACGGGCAAUCUGUCGCUCUCACAAUCUAUCUGCUUGCUACGGUCCUUGAACGAGCCGACAAUGACAUAUUAUGGUAUUCAAUCCUCGGCGUCACUCAUCAAUACAUUACAUCCCAUAUCGAUCGCGAAAAGUAUGAAGAAUAUCAUGCAAUCUUCCUUGACGAGGUCGUGCGGCUCAAUCACGAACCAGACCCUGUGGCUCUACGGACUCCUAAUCCCGACAAUAGGAAUAUAUCCAAGAGCGAAGAGUUACGAUUCAUGUUGUUCAGACAUUGGGACCUAUACAAUGCGAUGUUACAUAGCGGAUACGUUGCUGGCCGGUUGGGAAUAUGGAAAGAAAAGGGAAGAAGCAAGCUGCGUGGUUUAUUGGCCAAGAUGGGUUACUCAAUCCAACAAUGCAAUCAGGCAUGGUCACACAUGGACAUGGAGCUCAAACGUCAAUUACCUGAAGUGCUCGAGCGUGUCGGUCCCGAAUACGGUCUCGUCGAGCUUUCUUACCCGUCUUUCACCCGCGCUUACGGGUUUCAACUAUCUUCACUCUCAGCAGCAGAUGCCGUCGAGGUCAUAUCUUCUUUACUGGAUAUAGCGGUGGGCGUAAGGUUAGAGGUUGACAGGGAAGGCGGUAAAGGAGGCGGUGAGUGGUUUGGAGGCACCACCAGAUGGAGCGUUGGUACGCGGGAAGCGGAAAUGGGCAUUGCUGCCAGCGAACCAGGAGAAAGAGCAGAAGGUAUUGAAGGAGAAGAAUCCGAAGAGAAAAAAGAUCAAGACUGGCAUGUGACCAACUUUUGGAUCGCCUAUGAUGCGUGCGACGAUAUCUCCCUUUUGCGGCGCUCUCUCCCAUUAGCUAUGGCUCUUCAUCGAGCCAUCAUACGCGCGGGAUCCGAUUUGCUUGAUAAAUCCAUCAUCCGUACGCUUCGGAACUUCCGUCUGACCAUCCUGAGCGAAGGUCCUGACCUUCGGCUCUUCUGUCAUCCUUCCCCUCUGUCACGUCUUGCUCUUUGGUUGGUCGAUGCUACGCGGGACCGGUGGGUCGAGAAAAUCGCUCGACAAAACGCACAUUCUGGAGGCAAGGUUAAGAGUUUACCGUUUGUAGUAGCAUGCUUGAAUGAGGAGAAGGGGACUUUCUCAGUGGUGGGUGUAACUGGUGCACCAGAGUUUGGCGAUGUGAGGAAAAAUAAAUUUGGUCUCGCUUUCCAACAAGCAGCUUCCUUUUCCAAUGCUACAGCAAGUCUGGAUAUGUUUGACACUAGUGUUGUUGAAGUUGGCCGAGAGGAUCUUCAGUCAUUCAUUGAACAUCUGCACCUACACUCCGUCUAGGCUCUGCCAAAAAACUGGGAUACAACAACCUGCAUAUGUAAAAUCAAUCUACAACUCUAUAUUGUCUCCCCAGGCAAAAAUCGCCGCUAUCCAAUCAUUCAGUCUAUACAGUCGUGUCAGGGUUUCUUUUUUUUUUCACGAUUCAAAUACUUUAUCAAGUCCUUCAAGCUCUUGGCCUUUUGUCAUCUGCAUGCAUUUUUAAAUCCAUUGCAAACAAUCUAGUUCCCUCCUGCCGUCUAUCAUUCUUCCAUAAUCCCGUGCCAGCUCCGGACAUUGCUGGUCCAGCUCGUUCAUCAGCCAUGAGGCCACUUCUUUUCUAUCAUUCUCCAACUCUUCCCUUUUUUCGUCGUCACUCUUCCAUUCUAUCCCAUCCUCAUCCACAUCGCCGUCAGGAGGAGGAAAGAAACCUUUCAACUUCCAAAGCAUUCUUGAACGUCUACCGUUCGUGAUGAAAUGCUGAGGUACAUAAGAAGUCAGAUGAUUGGGAUGGGUAGCCAGGGCUUGAUGUUGGGUAUGCUGGACGACUUGAUAGUUUGCUAAUAGUCCGAGAAGAAGAGCUUCCUUGCGGUCUUUGAGAAGCUUUUGUCUGGGGGUCAGGGUGUCAUCUGCGUUGUCGUUGUUGUUGGCUGCUUGGGGCAGGACUGCGAUAUUGGGAUUCGGAAUCUGAACUGGAGUGCUACUAUGGAUCCCAUCUUGCGGUAUGUCGUUGUUCCCAUCGCUCUCAUCUCCCUCUUCGAACAUAAUUGCCUCGUCAACUACGUCUUCGUUAGGCACGAAAGUAGUAUGUACCAUCUCCAUCUCGACUCCUGGCGAAGGAACUAUGAGGCCCCAAACCUCGCCCCUCAGUUCAAUCUUCUCCAGCUUCUCCCAGUGUUGCAGGGCCACACUAAGGCCUCCAAAGUUAAUAGUGACCUGUUGAGGCUGAAUGAGCGAAGGCAAGUGUCCAGCCCAGAAUGUCGCGAGGAUUCGAGGAGCUUGGGAGCGAAGAAGUUUGGCAUGGAGUGAGAGAACAGCAGAUGGUGUGAAAGUAAGGAAUUUGGCCGGGAUGACUUGGGGAAGCUUGCUGGCCAACUUGAGACUAGUUCGAGAAGGAUAAACGUCAAGAGUCAAACUCUUAACGAGUGUCAACGCCUGAAGUUUCUUCUCUGGCGUUUGCAAACUUCCUGAUCUUGCUCUUUUCAUCGCCUUGGAGCUCAACAGGCUGAAGCCUUUGCUCUUGCGUCGGGUACGACUCUCAGAGGGGAGAGUCAAGAAUCGUUGGAGUUGAUCAUCCGAAUGAAUGUGAACAUGGGUGUACAAGAGGGGGGUGAUGAGAUCAUAGUAUGCCUGUGAACAACGUUGCAGAGCUGCGAGUGUUCCAAGCGAGUCCGUCGAGAUAAGAAGGUUGAUGAUAAUGUGCAAGAGGUCGUAUGGCAGAGAAUUUCGAGUGCGAGUGCGUUUCAAAUAUCUGCAAUAAUCGUAAGUUAGUGGAGUGGCAUGAAGAUGGAAGGGUGAAUAGGAGGAGGCUGUUCCCAAAAUGCUCUCUCUAUAAGCUAUUAUACUCUUAUCAUUUGCUGUGUUUUCUUCUUCAUGAGGAGGGG